AUGACAAAUAGCACGAAAGCAAAUAUAUCUUCACUUCUAAUUGCGUACUAUUCUCUAAGUUUAAUGUUCAUCGGUACUCUUUUAAAUGUUUUAACAUUUUUUAUUCUUUGUCGUCCAAAAUUUCUUAAUCUAAAAGAACGACCGGCCUUGAUCUACAUACGAACAUUUGUUAUCAUUGACGUUUUUAUGUUAUUCGGAUGGAAUUUCGAUCAUUAUACCAAACCAAUCUACGGUUUCACUCUUUACACAGUCACAACUGCUUCAUGUAAAUUCGCUUGGUUUCUUAAUUACUUCACUCCUCAAACAUCAGCUUGGUUAAGAGUUUUAAUAUCCCUUGAUCGAUAUGUAUCAUUAACUCGUCUACAUCGAACUUGGUUCAGCCGAUCGAGAAAUGCUCUGAUUAUGAUUUCGUGUGUUAUCAGUUUUUUUGUUUUACUUAAUAUUCAUCUUCCAGUAUUGGCAUGUUAUUACGAAGUAGAUGGAUUGAUUAAUGUCAACGCUAGAUCAUAUCAAAUCACUCCGAUAUGGGAUUGGGUGAAUUUAGUUAUGUAUAAUUGCGUUCCGUUUGUUUUAAUGAUUACUUUGAAUAGUGGAGUGAUUUAUCGAUUGAUUCGUAUACGACAACAAACUACACUUCAGAAUUCACGUAUUCAUCAUCGAACUGUGUCGAUCACAUCAAUAAUAACGACGUUUCUUUUUAUGAUAAUGACAAUUCCGGCAACGAUCGGUUUUGCAUUUUUCGUUAAUUCAAUCGAUGAAAAUGUCCUUCUCGCAUUGGACGCAAUGCUUUUUACUUAUCAUAUUUUGUCGUUUCCACUUUUUCUCAUUACAUUCGAUGAAUUUCGACAAGAAUUUAUGAUAAUGAUCUGCUGGGAAAGAAAUUUUCGAAGAAUUUUCCCACAAUUUCUUUUUCCAACUAAAAGAAAUACACUUCAAAUUGCAUCGUGA